UGCUGCGGGCCCUGCGGCUGCUGCUCGGCUCCCUUCCCUUUCUCCACCAGAUCUCCUCUUCCAUCACUGUGGGCGCUCUCUGGGCAUUUCGACUUUUGGCUUCUUCUCUCUCUUUAGCUCGCCACCCGUGUCACCGCCCGGCCCGGCGCGUCCCGCCUCCGCUCUGUCGCUUUAAGCGGGUCCCCGCCGCCGCGCCCCUCCCUCACCCCUUCUGGCGCUCGGCGGCUCCUCGCCGCCUCUCCCGCUCCUCCUCUCCCGCUCCUCCUCCUCAUCCUCCUCCCGCUCCUCCUCGCCGCCAGCUCCGCUCCUCGCAGCCUCCGCGGACCCGCAGCCAUGGCCGACAUCAAGACGGGCAUCUUCGCCAAGAACGUCCAGAAGCGACUCAACCGCGCGCAGGAAAAGGUCCUUCAGAAGCUUGGGAAAGCCGAUGAGACAAAAGAUGAACAGUUUGAAGAAUACGUGCAGAACUUCAAACGGCAAGAGGCAGAGGGUACCAGACUUCAGCGAGAACUCCGAGGAUAUUUAGCAGCUAUCAAAGGCAUGCAAGAGGCUUCCAUGAAGCUCACCGAGUCGCUGCAUGAAGUCUAUGAGCCCGACUGGUAUGGGCGCGAAGACGUGAAAAUGGUUGGCGAGAAAUGUGAUGUGCUGUGGGAAGACUUCCAUCAAAAACUAGUGGAUGGGUCCUUGCUGACACUGGACACCUAUCUGGGCCAAUUUCCUGACAUAAAGAACCGCAUUGCAAAGCGCAGCAGGAAGCUGGUAGACUAUGACAGUGCCCGCCACCAUCUGGAAGCUUUGCAGAGCUCCAAGAGGAAGGACGAGAGUCGCAUCUCUAAGGCAGAAGAGGAAUUUCAGAAAGCACAGAAAGUGUUUGAAGAGUUUAACGUUGACUUACAAGAAGAGUUACCAUCGUUAUGGUCAAGACGAGUUGGAUUUUAUGUCAAUACUUUCAAAAAUGUCUCUAGCCUAGAGGCCAAGUUUCAUAAGGAAAUUGCGGUGCUUUGCCACAAACUAUAUGAAGUGAUGACGAAACUGGGUGACCAGCACGCUGACAAGGCCUUCACCAUUCAAGGAGCUCCCAGCGACUCGGGUCCUCUCCGUAUUGCAAAGACGCCAUCGCCGCCCGAGGAGCCUUCACCCAUCCCGAGCCCGACAGCUAGUCCCAAUCACACGCUGGCACCCGCAUCUCCUGCACCAGCCCGGCCUCGGUCACCCUCGCAGACAAGGAAAGGGCCUCCCGUCCCACCUCUCCCUAAAGUCACCCCAACAAAGGAGCUGCAGCAGGAGAACAUCAUCAGUUUCUUCGAGGACAACUUUGUUCCGGAAAUCAGUGUGACGACACCUUCUCAGAAUGAAGUCCCUGAGGUGAAGAAAGAGGAGACUUUGUUGGAUCUGGACUUUGAUCCUUUCAAGCCUGACAUGCCCUCUGCGGGUUCUGCUGGAGUAACCCACUCACCCAUGUCGCAGACAUUGCCCUGGGACCUAUGGACGACAAGCACUGAUUUGGUACAACCGCCUUCUGGAGGUUCAUUUAAUGGAUUCACCCAGCCACAGGACACUACAUUAUUCACAAUGCAGACAGACCAGAAUAUGAUCUGUAACUUGGCUGAACCUGAACAGGCUCCGCCCACAGAGCCAAAAGCAGAGGAGCCCCCCACUGCCGUACCACCUGCUGCUGGGCUGGACCUUGGACUUGACACCCAGGCUGAGGAGCCAGUGGAGGGGGCAGCGCUCAUCCCUGGAACGGAUGCUGAUGUGACGGCUGGGCCCUUGGUGCCGGCAGCCGAGGGGGCCCCCGUUGGGGAAGCAGAGACAGAGAAGGUGACUCUUCCUGCUGGAGAAGGAGCGAGUUCAGAGGAGGCCAAGAUUGACACCGAAGCCGCAGAGGCUGUAGAUGGUGACAGACCUCAACCGGUAGAGACAGAAGCAGCAGCAACUCAGGAGAAGGUCAUCCCUUCGGUGGUCAUACAGCCCGCCUCCAACAAUGAAGGGGAGGGAGAACACGAAGAGACCAUGGGUGCAGAGUUCAAGGAGGCAACUGCCGACACGGCUCUUCCGGGCUCCACCGGCGAGACGCCAGCGCUGGCCUCGGAGGAGCAGAAAGCGGGCAAGGCCUCCCAGCCGGCCGCCCCCUCCGCAAGCGAGGCCUUCCAGGAAGGGCCUCCCGGCUUCCUCUACAAGGUGGAAACACUGCAUGAUUUCGAGGCAGCAAAUUCUGAUGAGCUUACCUUACAAAGGGGUGACGUGGUGUUGGUGGUGCCCGCAGAUUCGGAAGCUGACCAGGAUGCAGGCUGGCUGGUAGGUGUGAAGGAAUCAGACUGGCUUCAGUACAGAGACCUCGCCACGUACAAAGGCCUCUUUCCAGAGAACUUCACCCGGCGCCUGGAUUAGGGCCAGAAGUAUUGUAGAAAGAGCCUGAUUACUGGGUUUUUAAACCUUUGUGAAAACCUGAAGAGUUCACUUUUGCUAUGACACUCUUAGUGAUUUACAGACCAAUGCCAGACAAAGUUUGGAAGCCUAUGUCAAUGAAGCAUGUGUGCAAACAAAUGUUUAGAGGAAAAAAAACAAGUAAAUUAAGGAAAAAGUCUUCACUGGUUCCCACGUUCUUGCUAACAGGUUUGUUUGUGCUUUGUCCAAGCUGUGGAGACUUGUAUACUCGACCCCCCUCCCACCAGUUCUAAAGUAGCUUUCUCCAGACCAGAACCUUAAUUUCUCUGCACCAAGUGUAUGGUAUUGAGUGGCUUCCCUGCAGAAGACGUGAUGAAUUGUCCUGUAAUACGAGAUUAUCUUAUUCCCCUGUGCAGGUGUGAGCACGUGCUCUCUCUCUCCCUCCCUUUCACAUUUACUGUGUUUAAAACGAAACUGCUGCAAAAGUUGUCACUGUUCUUUACCAGCACUUCUCUCUAUAUAUAUAUACGGACACACAGUCACACGAGCUAGUUCUCAUCACUCCUGGAUCUAUGUGUAUACACAAGGCUACAUAUACAUAGUUGCGCUCUCUCCUUUCCAUUGUAGCUUUUUAGCCUCUUAUGUGUCAUUGAUACAUGCGUUGCUCUUAUUCCGUCUGGCAUCACAGUUGCAGUUUUGCCUCUGGGCAAAACCAGCCAUCCCAUUGCCAAAAGAGUGGACAGUAUCUGUGUUCGGAAUGUGCAUUCUUCAGGAUGCGAUGACUAACGGCACGUCGGAGCUGCUGCCCCUUUGGAGAAAGCAGAGUCUGAUGAUCUGGAUGUCCGGCCACCAUGACUGGAGGUGGGCGAGUUGCCAUCAGCAGCUAAAUUGUCUUAAUUUCUGCCUUUCCGAGACUGGCUAGCUGAUGCGGCGUUUACAUCCACCUCCAGAGAACACUAUUUCAGAAAGCUCCUAUAUAUUUCCACGUCUUUUUAUUGAUGCAACUCAUCUUCACAGAUCGUCCGAAAAUAAGAUAUAGAUGAUGUAUGCUGUAUCCACAAGUCAUCUGUAACGAUUCUGUUUUCAGUGCUGUGUCAUUCCAAAUAAACCUUGGGUAAUCUCCA